AUGUCAUCGGAACCAUCGGCAUCGGUUCGUCCGCGCGUCAGCGUAUCGGCGGCAGCAGGCCUGCUGGCCGAGUUCGAGCGCCGGCUCAGGGAGCAGACGAGUUCGAGCGAGGGCUUCGCCGAGCGUUUCUCCGAACUGUCGCGCAACAACGACAGGCCAGGGAUGGUCGGCUGUCUGCUGUCCGCCGCUCUCUCUAGCUGCCCGAUCGGCGAGUCGUUCCGGGCGAAGGACGAGGCGCGAGCCGCCACGAUCUUGGAGGAGAUGGGUCCGGUCUGCGAGUCCUCGCUCAUCACCGCGGUGCUGAACGUCGACAAAGUCACGGCUGUGCUGACGGAGGCGUUGCUCAGCGCGCCGGCUCGGUCCCCCCUCUUCUUCCAAGUGCUCCUGCAGCGCGCCCGGGCCUGGUAUCGCUCGGGCGAGUUGCUGCGCUGCGGCCAGGACUGUCGGUUGUUCUGCGAGAAGCUGGCCUCCAUGGACCCGCAGCAGGACGACGACUGGACGGAGGAGAGCCGCGUCGACGCGCUGCUCAUGCUCUCGGACUGCCUGAAGAGGGAGAACGACGCCGCGGAGGCGAGGAACGCGCUCAACGAGGCCAUGCACCGCAUCGACCACUUGGCGAGGAGACGCUGCCUCGGCGCGGAGCCCGAGCUGUUCAAGAUCGAGAAGGCCCAGCUGCUCAAAGACUUUCUCGAGAAGAAGCAGAGCUUGGCCCUGUCGCAGAGGCUCCUCGACGCGGCCUCGAGGUCCCGCCGCGCAACGGCGAAUCAAAUAAGGAUUCCUACGGUGCACGGCGCGAAGCCCAACGACUUUCUGACCUCUUGCUCCGACGCGCUAGCCUUGGGAAGUGACGAGGCGAAGGGAAGGAAGCUAUACGCGACGAGAGACAUCAAGCCCGGCACUGUGCUAAUAGUGGAUCGGCCUUUUGCCUCUACUACCGACGUCGCAGCGCUUUGCAGAAAUUGUCUCUGCUGUCACGCUUCCUUGAAACUGCCGGAGAGCAUCAGGGUGCCGUGUGAACAUUGUCAAGCGGUGCAAUUUUGUUCGGAAGAUUGCCGGCGGCGAGCUUGGAACAAAUUCCACAAGUACGAGUGCAGAAUUUUCGACUACUUUUACGCGAAACAAGCGCAGAAAACCAACUGUCUCUUGGCCUACAGGGCAGUAGUGGCCGCUGCUCUGCGCAACGAGAAGGAAUUUUCGCUCGAUCAAGAAUUUUUAAAACUCCACGAAAACGACAAGGACAGUCUGGACAUUGCCUCGUUGGCUUCGUACGAGUCGCGAGACUACAAAACCGUAUUCAGUUUGGAAAGCCACUGCGCCGACGCGGAUCCGGCGGAUAAUCUUCAACGAGCAAUCCACUCGGUAUUUUUUGCAAAAAGCCUCAUUUAUUCGUUAAAUUAUUUCCAUCCGGAAAUCGAUAACCAUGAAAGGCAUUUACACAUUUUGGCAGUAGCUUUAUUACAUAAUAUGCAAGCCAUCAAAUGUAAUGCUUACGAAAUAGUCGAGAACGUGCGUGACGACGAAACCAAGAUUUUGGAGCCACGCAACGUCGGAGGUGCCAUUUACACCACGGUUAGCUUGACCAAUCACAGCUGCUAUCCAAACAUCGUCAGGCAUUCCUUUCCCAAUGGCACCGUCGUCGUGACAUCCCUUCGUUACAUACCAGAAGGUUCGGAAAUCCUGGAUUGUUAUGGACAGCAUUUUCUCGAGAACAAAAGAGAUUCUAGGCGUCGCCUGUUGGCCGAAAAAUAUUACUUUGACUGCCAGUGCGAGCCUUGUCUCGCUGAUUGGCCAAUUGUGUUACCGAGCGACCAAUUCAAUUUCAAAUGUAAAAAGUGUUUCAAAAAAUGCCGUAGAACCAGAAAUGCGACAGAGUGCGUUGCAUGUGGUCAAAAGACUGAGACGAGCAAGCUCUAUGCCUCGCUCCAAAAUUCAAUGAAAAAACGACUGGCGGCUCUGACAAAAAUGUACGAUGGACAUUAUGAGGAUGCGUUACCAUUACUACUAGAACACGCGAAUUGCAUUGACAAAAUUUUGUCGGAGCCGAGUCUCGAAGCAGUUAAAACACAACAAUCCAUCAUUCAAUGCUUAAACGCCAUGUCGUCAACUUCCGUUUAA